AGAAAGAGAGAGAAGGAGGGAGGGCAGUUUGGAUUGAGAAUAAGUGUGAAAGGCACGAGUCAGGGUGGUACAUUAAAUGAGAGGGGGCAAGUGAUGAGGCUUAUGAUAGGCCUUAUGAUCGUCAUGUCGUUUUUGCUUCGCGUCUUCCAAUGACUCCCAGAAUUCCACGCUUCGCUUUCCCAGCCUCCUUCCACAAACCCUUUUCUCUCUCUCUCUCUCUUUCUCUCUACCAAAACACUCUCUCUCUCUCUCUCUCUGUGAACUGUGAAAUACACACCUCUCUGUUCCCUCUCUCUCUCUCUAAAGAUUGAACAGUCAACCCAUAUUGCGUUGCGUUUACCAACACCCUACACAUGCUACUACAUAAGCUAGACUGUAACCUCAGGUGAUAUCGGGCUUCUUCUCAUCAGUGAGAUUUGAGUUUCUCUCUCUAGCUCACAACGCUUGGUUUUAUCUUCUUCUCAUCAGUGAGAUGUGAGUUUCUCUCUCUAGCUCUCACUGCAUUUGUUUUUCUUGUUUAACCUGUUAGCCUCAAACUCGAAGCUGAUCAUCAUCAUCACGGAGCUAGCAGUUUGUUAGUUGGUGAUUGAUUGUAGGAUGUGGAUGAUGGGUUGCAGUGAUAGCAGUAGCCUAAAUAUGUCGGAGUCAUCGUCUUCUUAUAGUAGUGGUACUGUGAGGAGGCUCCGCCCUCUUAUUCCUAAACCCCACCUCUUCCCAAAUGCUUCUUCUUCGACUUCAUCACCUUCGUGUUCCACCUUUUUGGGUCACUCGCAGGGGGACAAGUACUUCACCCAUAAUCUUCCUGGAGGAUCAGAUCAAGGAAGGCGAGACGCGGGGGCUCAGCCCACGAGCUCGAGGUGGAACCCAACCCCGGAGCAGCUCCGGACGCUGGAGGAAAUGUACAGGCGCGGCACACGCACACCGACGGCAGACCAGAUCCAAUACAUCACAGGCCAGCUCCGCCGCUAUGGCAAAAUUGAGGGCAAAAACGUUUUCUAUUGGUUCCAAAACCACAAGGCUCGUGAGCGACAGAAGAGACGCCGUAGAAUCGAAGCGGCCAUGGAGCUCGGCUCCUGCAUUUGUAGAGAAUUCGAAAGCCAAGACAAAAAGGAACAAGAUUCAUUUGGGAGGAGGUGGGGAGGGUUGGAACUGAGCAAGAAUUGGGCGCCUGCGCCCACAAGCUGCUGUACCAUGCGGACGACGGAGGGAGGCGGUCUAGAGAGAGAAGAAGAAUGGGUGCAAUUACCCACUUUCACCAUUACUGGCAACACUACUGCUCCCAAAUUUCAAAGCACUUAUGCUGAGCUCUUCGGCGAGAGAAAUGCAUCUCAACGCUCUGGUUUUGAUGUUCGUGAGGAUAGAGAGGGAGAGGUUGAGACUCUUCAGCUGUUUCCUCUCACCAGCGAUUCGGUCAUUCAAGCCAAGAGCAACGCCGCCACCAUUGCUCCGAACCAGCAAUCGCCCUGCAACUUCUUUGAGUUUCUUCCUUUGAAGAAUUGAAACCCAUCUCCAAAUGCGAGAAACAUUAGCCAUGCCACCCUUUUAGAGAAGCCUUCUUCCUCUCUCUCUCUCUCUCUAGUGAAGUCCUGGUUCUCGUUACCUCUCUUAUUUUUGUUCUUUCACGGAAGAGGGCAUAGAAUUAGAAAGGCAUUCAGAUGUUUAAUGGAGCUCUCUCUCUCUCUCUCUCUCUCUGUCUUGUCAUUUUUUUUCUUUGAAUUUGGCAAAGGAAAGCGAGAUGUUUUAGUCGUUGCA